AUGUCAGCUACGAAGACAGAGACCGAGGCGGUCAAAAUCGAGCCUCAACAAGCGGCCCAACCAGCGGAGUCUCCCCGCAAGCGCCGCAGAAGAGCCCCGGCCACUGGAGCAGCAGACGACUGCUUCGCCUGCCAAGAGCGCCAAACCAAGUGUGACAGACGAAGACCGUACUGUACACCAUGCCUCGACCAGGGCAAAGACUGCUCAGGCUACAAAACACAAUUGACAUGGGGCGUUGGAGUCGCCAGCAGAGGAAAGCUACGAGGCCUCUCAUUGCCCAUUCCAAAGUCGAAAAGAGCUGCGCAAAGCAUGGAUGAGGAAGAUGACAAGAAGGCCAUUGGUCCAAAAAAGCUGGCGAAGCUCGGCCCUACACGCAGAACAUCCGAUGCCCUGGACGGUGCUCAUUUGCGCAGUCCGACCAGUGCUACCACAACCGGCACCACUGGCACGUCUACCUCGUACAACUUUGUCAACAUGGACCCGAAUUCGUCGGCGUCUACCACGUCACCGUCGCCUAUGCUGCCUCCGCCAAGCUUCGAUUGGCGCGCCCCUUCCUCUCUCUUCCAUGGUCGUGAUUCACGGCAAGCUCGCAAAAGACCUAGGAGACACACUUUACAGCCACUUUCCGUGCCUACAAUGCAUCCUACAAGAGACUAUGGGGUCAUGCCAAUGACCGCUAGCGUCAUUGGUGGGUAUGGCCACCAUGACUUUGGACUGUCUUCCCAGAUCUCCCCCAUGGUACCAAGCUUCACUGGCUAUGGCAUCGUAUCACCAACCUAUAAAGACUUCAGUUCUCAAUCAAUGGUACAAAGUCCCUGCGAAAACAAUUUUUACCUGAGUCAUCAGACCCUGGGGUGGCCGCGUGAUAACAUGAGCUCGGGUCUUGGCUCCAAUCACAGCAACCAAGAUUACCGGCAGCAGGACACUUUUUAUGCAGACUUGAUGGCGACCGCCAAUCCUACGGACAGCAUGCUAUCCAAUCAGCAGACCUUCCCACCACAAGACCUCAGCGUCACUAGCGCUACCGACUCCACUUCGCUUACAGCGGGCAGCGAGUACCCAGUCUACGCAAGCCAUUCAUCAGCGUUGGUAGCCGACGAUGUUGGAGAUCAUUCGUCCUCGCUUGUCCCAAGAUUACUCCCAUCGCUAUCCAUUGGGAACACACCGAAGCUACAAUACCUCAUCGAUUAUUAUGACAAGGUCAUCUCCCCGGUGAUUGUUGCUUUCGACGGGCCAACCAACCCUUACCGCUCGCACAUCCUGAGCCUCGCUGUCGAGAGUGAGACACUACAGCAUGCGAUUGCCGCUCUAUCUGCCAGCAAUCUCCGGAUGAGGAGAGGACACAAUCCUCUGUCGACCAACAGAAGUAGCCAAAGUUUAUCGCCGUCAUCGCAUGAUCAUUCGGUCAGGAAGUCCUUGAUCGCUCACAGCUUGAUGGACGUUGGCAUAGACCGUCUGCCGGAAACAUCUGCAAGCGAGCCAUCACACGAGGAGCUCUACCACAAAGGCGCAUCCAUCAAAGCUCUGAAUGAACAGCUCGCCGAUCCUCUCCGUCGCAAGGAUGACUCCAUUUUGGCCACCCUCCUCAUCUUAUGCCUCUACCAUAUCUGCGACACUGGCGUUGCAAAGUUCAAGACGCAGUUCGCAGGGGUGAAGAAAAUACUUGCCCUUCGCGGUGGCACCAAGGGAGACAACUCCAAAGCAACCAAUUGGCUCACCAUCAUGUUCACAUGGUUUGAUGCCAUGACUGCUAGCGUCAAUGAUCGAGAAAGCCAGCUCGACGGCGAUGACUUGGACAUGAGCUCAUUGAAUGGCGAUGAGUGGGCACUGGAGAACCUUGCCGGUUGUGAUGGUAGGCUUUUCAAGCUCAUCGCCAAGCUCGGCCGACUCAACCUUCUCAGUCAGAAUAAGCCUGUCGCGGGUUGCUCUAUUAAGAGUUCGCCAACCGCAAAGGUGCAGCAGCUUCCGAGUCCAGUCACCAAGAACCAGGACUACUACAGCAUGAACUAUAAUCGCUUCGAUGGCAAUGGCUGGUCAGCGAUGAUCGAAGAGGAACCGGCAGAGGCCGACACUAGAGCGCAAUUCUGGAAAGAAUGGCAUGAAAUUCGAGAUAAGCUCCGUGAUUGGCAACUCGAUGGCACAAUAACGCCACCAGCAGAAGGUGAUCGACGCGACAUAUACCACAUAUCUGAGUCUUUUCGCUACUCAGCUCUUCUCUACACCGAGCGGUUGGCAUACCCACACCUGCCGUCGGCGAAUGCCAAAUUCCAGAGUCUGGUGACGCAGGCGCUGUUCCACAUCUCAAAUGUGCAGUCUGACGUCUUCCUCCUCUGGCCUCUUUUCAUCACUGGCACUGAAUGCGUCAGUGAGCAAGGUCGCUACCUCAUCCGUGAGCGAUGUUUGGACAUCCAAAAAGACUCGGGCUUCUUCAAUAACAUAUCAGGACUGGAACUCCUGGAGAAGAUAUGGCGUGAUGACGAAACGAAUGAUGAGCAAACGCCAAGGUUGACGGCGAGUGGCUUGCCUAUGGCAACCAAUGAAUUUUCUACCAUGGGCGGGCAUGGUUUCAAAUGGCGUAAAGCAAUGGAAAGGGUCGAUGGGGAGUAUAUAGUGGUCUGA